UUCACGCGAUCAGACGCUGAACGGAUAUUAUUUACCCCAGAAUCCACAUAAAGCCACCGAUUAAAGAGGAAUAAAGGGAGCACGGAAAUAAAGAAGGGAAAUGUCUGUGGCGGGGUUGAAAAAGCAGUUUCAUAAAGCGACGCAGAAAGUCAGUGAGAAGGUCGGAGGGGCGGAAGGCACCAAACUGGACGAUGACUUCAAAGAAAUGGAAAAGAAAGUGGACGCCACGAGUAGAGCGGUGCUCGACAUCAUGACCAAAACCACAGAAUACCUGCAGCCAAACCCUGCGUCCAGAGCGCGGUUGAGCAUGAUCAACACCAUGUCAAAGAUCAGAGGUCAGGACAAGGGUCCAGGUUACCAGCAGGCUGAAACGGUGCUGGCAGAAGCCAUGCUGAAGUUCGGCCGCGAGCUCGGAGAAGAGUCCAGCUUCGGUAACUGUAUAUUCAGUUUGGCUCUGUUAGACGCUGGUGAAUCGAUGCGUGAGCUCGGUGAGGUGAAAGAUGCUUUAGAUAUAAACGUCAAACAGAACUUCAUAGAUCCACUACAAAACCUGCACGACAAAGAUCUCAAAGAGAUACAGCAUCACCUGAAGAAGAUGGAGGGUCGUCGUCUGGAUUUCGACUAUAAGAAGAAGCGUCAGGGGAAAGUGAUGGACGAUGAGAUUAAACAAGCGCUGGAGAAAUUUGACGAGUCGAAAGAGAUCGCAGAGCAGAGCAUGUUCAACCUGCUGGAGAAUGACAUUGAGCAGGUGAGUCAGUUGUCCGCUCUGGUUCAGGCUCAGGUGGAGUAUCAUCAACAGGCCGCAGAGAUUCUACAGCAGCUCUCCAGCAAGAUUGAGGAAAGGAUAAAGGAGGCGUCAAAUAAACCGCGGAAUGAGUAUGUCCCUAAACCCCGAAUGGAGCUUCACCUGCCGAGUGAGAAUCACAACGGAGGAAUAAACUCUGCAAAAACACCUGAACGCUCACCAGCUCCGUUAGAUCAGCCGUGCUGUCGUGCGCUGUAUGACUUCGAGCCGGAGAACGAGGGCGAGCUCGGCUUCAAGGAGGGUGACAUCAUAACUCUGACCAAUAAGAUCGAUGACAACUGGUACGAAGGCAUGAUCCACGGCCAAUCAGGAUUCUUCCCAGUCAACUACGUGGACAUCCUGGUGCCUCUGCCUCAAUAGGUUCCGCCCACCCCCACGGUUGCCUAGCAACCCAACAGCCGCCUUUAUUGUGCAUCUGUGCUACAGCUUCACUUCCAGUUCCUUUCGAUAAGUGACUCAGAGGAGGAUAAUGAUGAUGUUUAUAGACAUUACAGAGUCACAUGGAGAAACAGUCAAAUGCUCCGUGUGUGUGAGUGUAUUUGUGUAAGUGUGUAUGUGCGCUCCUUGACUCUUGGUUUUAUUGUUUUAUCGCAUUUCAGUUGUUUUUAAUUUAUUUUUUUGCUGGCUCUGCCUUCCUUCUCAUGCACAGACACAGCAUCCUGCCUGAUUCUCGUGACUCGUUAAAUUUACAACAGCCUUUCAACAUCUUUGUUAAUUUUUAGUCUGUCUACACUCUGCAUAAACUCUGUGAAUCCACUGAUUUCAAUGAGGAUGGUGCGAUGCAAUAUUGCAAUGAUUUGCGAAAGUGAUGCUUCAUCACUGCAAUCAACAGUUGUGAAAAUGUCUAUUUUUGCAGCAAAACACUCUAACUUAGGCAUCCAUUGACCGAUGAGACUUGUAGAGGUGUGUCCAGUUUUGUUUUAAGAAAUUAGCAGUUUUCUUGCUUGAAUUUUAAACUUACACAUCUCUUUUCACACCCUCCAAACAGAUCUUAAACAUUCCCAUCCGUCGAAAUGCUCCAUCAGCGCUUUCUGUAUUGUCUAAGCACUCUUGUUCUUCAUUUAAUCUGAAAAGAUGUUGCACUCUAUUUCAUUUUGUCAAAUUGGGUCCUCAUUGCUCCAAUUGUCUGCAGCACAAAGGAAUAUAUUAACCAUCAAAUAUUUUCAGGUUUGACGUGAUUUGGCCACUUGUUGCAUUGUGAAUGGUUUGAAAAACUUGAAUAGAAAGUCUUGUUUGCUUGUUUAAAGUGCUUGUUAUUUAUUGUUUAAAGAGAAAUAAGAAAAUGCAAUAAUGAUAUUAAAAGUAUCUGGUCUGAACAGAGAGUAGUUCGGCUAAUCAACCAUCUAGAAUAGCUUGGACCAGCUAAUGACCAGCUAGAAAUCAUUUAUACCAGCAAACGACAACCUGGGCUGUGUUUCCCAAAAGCAUCGUAAGCCUGAGUAAGUCAUAGAAACCAUUAGCACCAAUGGUCUCUGCGAUCAACUUAAGCUUGCAAUGCUUUUGGGAAAUGCAGCCCAGGUCAUAACAUCUUAAGGUGGUUAAGCUGGUAUUUGGAACUUGUUUGUUGCUGGUCCAAGGUGGUCGACCAAUUCUAACUUGCUGACUAAGAUAGUGUUUCAGCGGAUCAGCCAUGUAUACAUGCUUGGACCAUUUAUUUGUCAGCUAGAAACCUUGUAUAACCAGCUACCAUCAAACGACGACCAGGCACAACCAGGUCAUGACAGCUUAAGGUGGUCAAGCUGAUUUUGGGAACAUGGUAGCUAGUUUUUUACUGGUCCAAAAUGGUCUACCAACUCCAACCAGCUUGACUAAGAUGGUCCACUAGGUUCAGCCUGACCAGCUAGUACUUCAGGUGCUGGUACCACCAGGUGUUCAAGUUGGUGUUUGGCUGGUUUAUUGCUGGUCCAAGGUGGUCAACCAAUUCCAACAUGCUGACUAAGAUAGUGUUUCAGCGGAUCAGCCAUCUAUACAUGCUUACAACAUUUAUUUGUCAGCUAGAAACCUUGUAUAACCAGCUACAAGCAAACGACAACCAGGUUCAACAAGGUCAAAUCAGCUUAAGGUGGUCAAGCUGGUUUGGGGAACAUGGUAGCUAGUUUUUUACUGGUCCAAAGUGGCCAGCUGGUACUUCAUGUGCUGGUACUACCAGGUGUUCAAGUUGGUGUUUGGAACUGGUUUAUUGCUGGUCCAAAGUGGUCAACCAACUUGACUAAGAUUGUCUAACUUGUUGACCAGUUCCCCAUCAGCUGAUGGCCCAGCCGUCAACCACCUAAACAAGGUUUGGACCUUCUAGAAGCAAUUUACAACCAGAUAAGCUAGUUUUAGCUGGACUGUCCAGCAGGGGGUGAUUCAUUUAUAGUUUAAUCUCAUGAAGGUUUAAUCUCAGUUUAACAAAAUACUAGAUGUUUCCUAAAGCAGCAUAUAGAGACGGUAUAAAAAAUCUUAUUUUUUAAAUAAGUGGUAUGUCCACGGAUGCCAAGAUUGUUAAAUGACGUGCGCUAGAUAUAAAAAUGUGUGUAUAUGUGUGCGAGCGAUCAGUGUUACAACACCCUGAAUAUAAUAUGCUAUUAUUUAGUUUCCACUGUAGAAUGUAAUUCUAGUUACUACUGUAGUUUUAAUCGUUAGUUGUUAGUGUCGUGAUGUUUGUAAGCACAAUUGAUAUGAGCAAGAUGUUUUUUAUCGCUCAGCAAAUUGGUUGAGUGCAGCUGGUAAACAUUGCGAAUAAUCUUGUGCGUGAUGCUGUCCGUGUAAAAUGCAGAACUGUGGCAGGCAUUUGUUUUGGUUGAUGGACCAUGUUUUAAUCGCUAAUUCUUUUGAUGCCUUGAGCGUGUUUGGCCUUCGUUUGAAAUCUGUGCCGUAGGUCAACCGCUGCGCACUGCCGUGACUACUUUUUAUGACGUUUUGUGCACGGUCACCCAUGAGCAUCCACAGGGGGGCGCAUUUUAACGCCCAUAUGGUUAAAAACCAUAGCUGAGAGUUUCAUAUUUUCGUAACUUCCGGUAAUUUUAUUCAGGGCUGGUAGAUGCGUAAAUGCAUCUUCACUAGAGGAUAACAGAGAUGUGAUUCGCGCAUUUCACUGAGUAAAUGUCCUGUGCCAUCUGCCCUCUGAUCUUACACCCUGUCCUAACCAGACGCCACAUAACAAAGCGACAAAUGAUUAAUGCUAUCUCUUCUAUGUUGAGUUAAACUUUUUGUCCUUUGGCAGUCGUGACGAAAGCCGCAAACAAUUUGUCACUUGUUGGGUUUCGGUUAACAUUGUGUUGUGCUGUGUAGCCCCGCCCACAUUGAAACCUAAUUGGACCAAAAUUUUACUCCACAUAGCUUAAUGAACUCAACCAUGUUCUGAUUGUCUGUGAUUGUUUGGCAUUGCACAGUAUUUUCACUUAAAGUGAGAACAAAAAAAUUGUCCUGGAAACUUGCUGUCACGCCGCCACGACGUGAUGUGCUGACGUGUGUGUGAUAAACAGAGUGAAAGUGUGUAUUAAAGAGUAAAUGUGUUUGUGAGAUGUUUUGCAUGUUUUGCACGGAAGUAUUGUUGAUAUUAUUCACACUACAGAGAUUCACCUUUAUGAAACGGUUUAUUAUAGUGUAUGUUUACCAUUCCGUUAUUUGAUAUUUUGGUUCCUGUGCUAGUCUACAAACUUGUAUUGCUUGAUGUGAGAACAUAAUGAAAAUAAACACAAUGUCACUGCGG